AUGAGAAUUCUUCUCAUGAGUUGCGCUUUUAGCGCUUUUCUCAAUUCAGUGAUUUGUCAACCCAGUUCGGCAUCCAGCUCGCAACGCCACUCGCGACCAAAAAGCGAAAUCAUCAAGCCUGAACUAGUUUUAGAAUUACGUGGAUUUACGGAGGUUCUUUUCUGGCGUAAAGGCCAACUCUUCUUCGCGGACACCUAUGCUUACAAACUCUGCUCUUAUCAUGAAGAUAGCAGAAACACAUAUUGUGCUACUCUAGAGGCCGGUCUCCUGUCUUUUGCUGUUCCUGUUAAAGGACAUUACGAUCUAUUUGUGGUGGGCCUUAAUAAGAAAAUUUUAUUAAUCACAUGGAAUAGUUUCGCAGACAAAAUACAUCCUUCAUCGAUCGUAUUAAAAACUGUGGAUGCUACAAUUCCUGGCAAUAGAUUGAAUUGUGGAACCGUGGAUAAUUUAGGCAGACUAGUGUUCGGGUCGACGAACAUUAAUGGAAAUCCAUUGGCAAAUGUGAGUUCUUUGAGUUAUGAUUUGGAUGUAGCAACAUGCGUAAACAAUGUUGUUUCGAGCGUUGGAAUCGUGUUAAUCACACAUACGACUUUUUCUCCUAAAGCAUUUGUCAUCGAUUCGAAGACAAAUUAUAAUAUUGAUGCCUACAUUUAUCACCCCACACCAGGAAAAUUUGGGACCAAAAGUGUCGUCUUUAACUGGCCACAACAACGUCGGAUGGGACAUCCACGUCGGCUGACAGUUGAUAAGAAUGGUCAUCUCUGGGUGCCUAUUUAUGAAGGUGGCGGUGUCAUUCAAGUUGAUCCACGAAUUGAGAAAGUAAUAGACUUUUUUCCUAUACCUGCAGCAAGAGUCGGCGCAUGUAUUUUCGGAGGUCUUAACUCAGAUAUUUUGUAUGUAUCGACAAUAGGAUAUGGUCAUGAACUUUUUCAGGGAAUAAUUCACCCAAACGAUAAAGGUGGUUCAAUUUUCGCUCUCAGGGGGCUUGGCGUGCAGGGGUGGCCGGAAAAAGAAUACAAGUUAAAGAAUGUAUUUGUGAAGCAGAUUAGAGGCAUGCAUUCAUGA